AAAAACGACACAAUAUAUUUGUAUUGAAAACAUCAUAUUUAUUUUAGGAUCAAUAUUACUCUCCAAGGAUUAUUUCAUACUAUAAGAUACACGUACAUAUAUAAUCAUAAAGGUAGGAUAAAAAAACGUCAUUCACUAUGUGUUAGUCUAUAUAAUAUAGAUUAAGUCACAAAACUCAAAUCACAAGCUUCACUCAAAACCUAAUUAGAUCAGAGAGAGAGAGAGAAAGAGAUUGUUCAAAAUGGGUUCUUUGUACCAAGAAUCACCACCAUUGCUUCUUCAAGAUCUCAAGGUGACGAUCAAAGAAUCAACACUCAUUUUCCCAUCUGAAGAAACAAGUGAGAAGAAAUCCAUGUUCUUGUCCAACGUCGACCAAAUUCUCAACUUUGACGUCCAAACAGUUCAUUUCUUCCGACCAAACAAAGAUUUUCCUCCGGAGAUUGUGUCGGAGAAGCUGAGAAAGGCGUUGGUGAAAGCCAUGGACGCUUACGAGUUUUUGGCCGGGAGACUCCGCGUGGAUCCUAGCUCUGGACGGCUGGAUGUUGACUGUAACGGUGCCGGAGCUGGCUUUGUGACGGCGGCGAGUGAGUACACGUUGGAGGAACUUGGAGAUUUGGUUUAUCCAAAUCCAGCUUUUGCUCAAUUGGUUACAAGUCAGCUUCAGAGUUUGCCUAAAGAUGACCAACCCUUGUUUGCCUUUCAGAUGACAUCAUUCAAGUGCGGUGGGUUUGCAAUGGGAAUCUCAACAAACCAUACAACGUUCGAUGGACUUAGUUUCAAAACAUUCCUCGAGAACUUAGCAUCUCUACUGAGUGAGAAGCCCUUAUCAACACCUCCAUGCAACGACCGUACUCUUCUCAAGGCUCGUACGCCACCAAGUGUCACAUUCCCACACCACGAGCUUGUUAAGUUCCAAGACUGUGAGACAACAACAGUCUUCGAAGCCACUUCACAGCACUUAGACUUCAAAAUCUUCAAGCUAUCCUCUGAUCAAAUCAAUAAGCUCAAGGAGAGAGCCUCGGAGACUAGUAGUGGUUAUGUUCGCGUGUCGGGGUUCAACGUUGUCACGGCUUUGGUCUGGAGGUGCAAGGCACUCUCUGUAACAUCAGAAAAAGAAGAAGAAGAAGCUAAUCUUGAAAGAGAAUCAACGAUUCUUUACGCAGUGGACAUUAGAGGGAGGCUGAACCCUGAGCUUCCACCGUCCUACACUGGAAACGCGGUUUUAACGGCUUACGCAAAGGCGAAAUGCAAGGCGUUGCUCGAAGAGCCGUUUGGUAGGAUUGUGGAAAUUGUAGGAGAAGGGGCGAAGAGGAUAACUGAUGAGUACGCGCGGUCUGCUAUAGAUUGGGGAGAGUUGUACAAAGGGUUUCCACAUGGAGAAGUUUUGGUUUCUUCGUGGUGGAAGCUAGGUUUCGCAGAGGUUGAGUAUCCUUGGGGAAAGCCUAAGUAUAGCUGUCCUGUUGUGUAUCAUCGGAAAGACAUAGUUUUGCUGUUUCCAGACAUCGAUGGAGAUAGCAAAGGUGUUUAUGUCUUGGCUGCUUUGCCUUCUAAGGAGAUGACCAAGUUUCAGCACUGGUUUGAAGACACGCUUUGCUGAUUUCCUGGCUUCACUUUGCAUUGCUAAUGCUUUAUUUUAUACUUUACAUUAUAAACACAUUAUGGAUAAUACGAUUGAAAUGUGAACUUCAAGUUCAGGACAACCAAACGUAUCUUUCUUGUAUUUUCUUUUUCUUUUACGUUUUAAGUACUAAAGCUAUGUAAUGAAAACACAAAAGCUAUUGUACACUAUAUAAUCUCCAAAAAUAUAAGGGUGAUUGGAAAUGGAUAUAUAUAGAGACGAUUUCAUAUU